GCGCGCGCGGGGCGGCAGCGGUGGCGGGAGUGAGCGAGGCGGCGGUGAGAGGAGCCGCGGCGGGCGGGAAGGAGGGAGGGCCGUGAGGAGCGGAAGGGCCAGAUCUGCUUCUGCUCCGCUUUCUCGAUCACUCUAUUUCUUGUCUCCUCACCUGAGAAGGGACAUGCAUGUUUAGGUGACUAGCCACAGGAACAUCAAAAUGCCGAAUCUCGAACAUCCAGCGUACCCAGCAGCUGCCCUGCUUCGCUUGGAGAGUUUGGUGCCUUGUCGAGAAUCCCAGGUGUCCACGUUGCUGUCAAUAUUUGGCGAGCGUCAGCAGUUUAGUUUUCCAUCCAUCUUCAUCUAUGGACAUACAUCUAGUGGAAAAACUUACGUGAUGAAAACUCUUCUAACUACCUUGCAGCUUCCUCAUGUGUUUGUGAACUGUGUGGAAUACUUCACAUCACGACUUCUGCUAGAAGAAAUUCUCAUCCAGCUGCAAAGCAGUUCCUCUGGUGCAGAGCAGACCUCUCCUGUGCACUGUGAUACUUUGAAUGACUUUGUUCGUCUCUUUAAACAAGCUGUGGCCAGUCGGGAGCUUCAAGAUCAAACAUUGUACAUUGUUCUGGAUAGAGCAGAACAGCUGAGGGAAAUGGAAGCAAACAUCCUGCCAGCAUUUCUUAGGCUUCAAGAGUUGACUGACAGAAAUGUGACAGUUGUUCUGCUCAGUGAAAUCGUGUGGGAACUGUUCCGUCCAAGCAUUGGGUGCUUUGAGCCAUUCACCAUGUAUUUUCCAGAUUACAGCAUAGGACAUCUGCAGAAGAUCUUGUCUCAGAAUCAUCCCCCAGAAUAUUCUGCAGAUUUCUAUGCUGCAUAUAUCAAUAUUUUGCUUGGUGUCUUCUACAUGGUCUGUAGGGACCUGAAAGAACUUCGGCAUCUGGCGGCGCUCAAUUUUGCUAAAUACUGUGAGCCAGUGGUCAGAGGGGAAGCAAAUGAACGCGACACCCGCAAACUCUGGAAAAAUAUUGAACCUCAUUUGAAGAAGGCAAUGCAGACUGUUUAUCUCCGGGAAAUAUCCAGCUCACAGUGGGAGCGUUUGCAGCAUGAUGGUGGAGAGCCUGGGCAAUUGAAAGGACUUUCUGCACAUACCCAUGUGGAACUUCCUUAUUACUCCAAAUUUCUUCUAAUAGCUGCUUACCUUGCCUCCUACAAUCCUGUUAGGACAGAUAAGAGAUUCUUUCUUAAGCAUCAUGGGAAAAUUAGAAAGACCAACUUCAUGAAGAAGCAUGAGAAGACCAGCAAUCACCUACUUGGGCCAAAGCCAUUUCCUCUGGACAGAUUGUUAGCAAUAUUAUAUAGUAUUGUGGACAACAGAGUUGCUCCAACUGCAAAUAUAUUUUCCCAGAUCACCUCUCUUGUGACACUGCAGCUGUUAUCCAUGGUUGGCCAGAAUGACCAGCUGGAUGGACCACGAUACAAGUGUACUGUGUCUCUGGACUUCAUCAGAGCUGUUGCCCGGACCGUGAACUUCGACAUAAUAAAGUACUUGUACGAUUUCUUGUGAAAACAAGCUUCACAGCCAUAUGGACACUGUGACAAUGACUAAGGCAAGCUGUGUUCAUCUCUCUACUUAGCUGGCCAGAAAGAAGAGUAUUUUGGCUCUUUUGGAUUUGUCCAAACAGGUGCUGGCCCAGCAUGGAACCUGAUGAAAAUACUCUGAUUGGUCUGGGUGGAUCUGAGCAGAGGACUAUUUACCAGGGACCCUGGAGUAUUUGGAAGCAAUGUGUUAAUUAUAAACAGCAGGGUUUGAGCACAAUCUGUUCUAGUCUUAAUGAUGUUAUCUUAACACUGAAAUUGCCUGAAACCCAUUUACUUAGGACUGCAUUUUGCUCUAUGAACUCUCCCCAGUGCUUUGAACAUGGCAGCAGCCGUUGUUUGUAUGCCCAGUCUUUUCACUUCCUCUCCACAGGAAUCUUUGCAAUUGCCUGCCAAAGCAGCUUUUCCUGAGGCCACCAUUUUAGGAGAGUGGAGUAGCAAAGUAUAAUAAACAUAAGAACAUAUUUAAAAAUC